AUGAUGAGGCCAGGGCUGGCACUGCCGGUGGACAAGGUCCUGCAGAAGUUUCUGACCUACGGGCAGCACUGUGAGCAGAGCCUGGAGGAGCUGCUACACUACGUGGGCCAGCUGCGGGCUGAGCUGGCCAAUGCAGCCCUCCAGGGGACCCCUCUCUCUGCCACCCUCUCCCUGGUGAUGUCCCAGUGCUGCCGGAAGAUCAAAGACACUGUGCAGAAACUGGCUUCGGACCACAAGGACAUUCACAGCAGCGUCUCUCGAGUGGGCAAAGCCAUCGACAGGAACUUUGACUCUGAGAUCUGUGGUGUCGUCUCCGACGCAGUGUGGGACUCACGGGAGAAGCAGCAGCAGAUCCUACAGAUGGCCAUCGUGGAGCACCUGUACCAGCAGGGCAUGCUCAGUGUUGCCGAGGAGCUGUGCCAGGAAUCCACCCUGAAUGUGGACUUGGACUUUAAGCAACCCUUCCUGGAGCUGAAUCGAAUCCUGGAAGCUCUGCACGAACAAGACCUAGGGCCGGCGUUGGAGUGGGCCAUCUCCCACAGGCAGCGUCUGCUCGAGCUCAACAGUUCCCUGGAGUUCAAGCUGCACCGACUGCACUUCAUCCGGCUCCUGGCGAGCGGCCCCGAGAAGCAGCUAGAGGCCCUCAGCUAUGCCCGGCACUUUCAGCCAUUUGCACGGCUGCACCAGCGAGAAAUCCAGGUGAUGAUGGGCAGUCUGGUGUACCUGCGGCUGGGCUUGGAGAAGUCGCCCUACUGCCACCUUCUGGACAACAGCCACUGGGCAGAGAUCUGCGAGACCUUUACCCGGGAUGCCUGUUCCCUGCUGGGGCUCUCGGUGGAGUCGCCCCUCAGCGUCAGCUUUGCCUCUGGCUGUGUGGCGCUGCCGGUGCUGAUGAACAUCAAGGCUGUGAUUGAGCAGCGGCAGUGCACGGGGGUCUGGAGUCACAAGGAUGAGUUACCGAUCGAGAUCGAACUGGGCAUGAAGUGCUGGUACCACUCGGUGUUUGCCUGCCCCAUCCUACGGCAGCAGACGUCAGAUUCCAACCCUCCCAUCAAGCUCAUCUGCGGCCACGUGAUCUCUCGAGAUGCGCUCAACAAGCUCAUUAACGGUGGAAAGCUCAAGUGUCCCUACUGUCCCAUGGAGCAGAACCCAGCUGACGGGAAACGCAUCAUAUUCUGAUACCCGCCUGGGAGGAACUUUGCAAAAGGGGCUUUUCACCCUUGAGCCUUGGUCUUGUCUACGCGGGGGUAGCUGCUGUCUGUGGAUUGUGGUUCACUUCAGCGCAAAUGGCCGAGUGCCACUCCAGGCAGAGGCCAAGAAGGGAGAUGAACCAGUUUGUGCCAGGCAGCUGGCUCCUUGGCCAUGACGGUAGGCAGACACUGGCCUCUGCACUCCUGCCGUUUCCCUAUCUGUAUCUGCCACUGACUUAGUCACAACCAACAGAGAGGCAGAGGACUUGGCAGGCAACACAGACAUCUUCCCAGUCCUGGCAUCCUGCCCUCAGCCGGGUCGCUGAUGGCUACACCCAUGCUGUAUCUGCUGCUCCAGUGGUACAGCCU